AUGCCGAUCAUUGAUGGUGAGAAGUAUGCUUGCCAGUCCUGCAUCAAGGGCCACCGCGUGAGCGGCUGCAACCACACUGAUCGCGAAUUACACCACAUCAACCCCAAGGGUCGCCCAGUCAAGCAAUGCGAGCACUGUCGUGGCGCCCGCAAGUCCAAAUCCCACCACGCCAAAUGUGAAUGCGGCGACCGCAAAGACAAGCACAAAGACAAGGGCGAUUCGAAGGGUGAGCAGCCAGUUGACGAGGGCACCGGCGAGAUUUCUAAUCCUGCCACAGUCCACGACAACCACUGCGGCUGCCACUCUGGAGCUAAAUGCAUAUGCGGCAUCAAGAAAGAGCCGGCUGACCUGAGACUCGACACCAGCAAGCAGACCCUGCACGAUGUGCGAGCGAGGCCCAAGGUCACCGCAACCCACUCCGAGAGCAACCUGACUGUUUUUGCGAACGGCCAUCACCGACCAUGCCACCGCAAUAACAACACGGCCCAUAUCUCAGGAGCGCCUUAUAAGAUUCCGCGCCCACAUACCCUCCAUGGCUCGGCCUUCGAGCAGUACAUGAAGACGUCAUCUUAUAGCCAGCCAGAAGCUCCUGCUCAGCGUUCUGCGGACACUUUCUCACUAUCAAAUCGCGACUUCUAUACCAUGUUGGGCGCCGCUCCACAAAUCGACGCUCUGCCGUUGACACCCAUCAGUGGCAGUCUCGACACAAGCAAUUAUCAGGAGUCCAUUUUUGCCAACCGAAGCGCAGCUUUCCCACAAGAGAAUUGUUCUCCGACAGAGACGCACUUGACGGAUGCAAUCGGGGCACCGCAAUGGCCUUGGUCGAACAGCCUUGCUUCUGUCACUCCUAACUUCGGCUACGGAAGCCUAUCGACCUCACCUUCGCAAGACUGUCUCUCUAAUCUCGAUACCGAGUGGCCCAUUCCCUCUGCUGGCUUGACUCAUCCUACGUGGUCCGCUGGAGACCUACCUUUGGAUACUAGCAACCUUGCCGACUCUGUAGUGCAACCCAUCUCUCACAGCGGUGAAUCCAAGCACAGCGCCCCUGAGCUUUCAACCUCAUCAUCCCCAUCCGAGAUUGGAGAGCAGAGCUUGUUCUCUGAUAUUGGACCUGCCUCCGCUGUAAGUGAGACGCUGUUCUGGGAAGACAAGAUGCCCGUCUAUCGUCCGACGCUGCCCAACGAGGUUCGCCCGCCGACCUCAGCUCCUCAGUACUCUGCUUCCGAAACUCAAGGACUAGAGCUCGAUUUGUCAAAAGCUUUAAGCUCUGUAGCGCCCAUGCCAACAUCCACCGUUGGCGACGUGUAUGCUGAGACACCAGCCAUUGCUAUGCCCAAUCCCAUUGAUGAAGUCGCCUCUAAUGACCCUUGGGCGUUCGAUCAAACCAACUUGGCCUUUACUGGGUUCGAUACCUUUGACAUACCUUCUACAUUUCCAAACUGGAUCUAG